AGGCAGAGAAGCCCACCUCGCCCCCUCCCGUUCUCUCUCGCUCGCCUCCUCGGUACACGACAGGUGACACCACCCCACUCCCUCGCGCUGCGUCCUAAAACCCUAGCUCUCCCUACCCGCUUCCUCUCCCCCGCGAUGGCCACCGCCGAGGGCGAGCCCCAGCCCGUCGCCGCCGACCCCGUCCCCGCACCUGCGAAGCGCAAGCCCGAGGCCGAGGCCGAGGUUGACCUCGCCCCGCCGGCCCCCAAGGCCGCGCGCCCCGACGCCGACGAGGAGGCCGCUGCCGAGGCUAAGGCCAGGGCCCUGGCGGCAGACAAGGGGAAGGGAAAGAUGGUGAUCGAGAAGGAGGAGGAGGUCGACGACGACGAGGAGGCCGGGGGAGAAGGCGGCAGCGACGACGACGAGAUGGGCGGAGAGGGCGGCAGCGACGACGACGACGAGCUCUGCGAGGACCCGCUCGCCGAGGUCGACCUCAGCAACAUCCUCCCCUCGCGGACCCGCCGCCGCGCGCCGCCGCAGCCCGGGGCCUACCUCGUCCCGCUAGAGGAGGCCGCGAAGGAGGACGACGAUGACGAUGCGGACGACGACGUGGCCCCCGAGGAGGAGGACGGCGAGGAAGGGGAGGAGAGCGAUUAGGGCUGCGGCGAAGCGGACACACUAGGAAGGAAUGGCGGUUUCUGGCGCUGGAUAUCAAUAUCAUCCUAGGUGCCGGGACCUAGACGGACAUGUUUUCUUUUGUGGUUGGUCGUGGAUAACCCGGUUGUCAUUCUGCAAUCCUGAGUUCUGUCACCAUGAUUCACUGCAUCAGUAGGGUUACUUGAAUGUCUGUAAGGACACACGGCGAGUAUUAAUUAUGUAAGGCCUAAGAGUUGGCAACGGUUAUGUUGUGAUCAUGGUUGAACAGUUAACGUCGCUUCUGUACGCAGUAGUUCCAGAUUUCCUGUUCCCAAUGGCUGUUCUCUUUUGGUGUGGUUCAGUGGU